GCACAGAAUGGUUUCUUUGUAUCCAUAAGUCGGCAUUACUCUCUUCAAUGCAAGUUCAUUACAAGAUUACUAAUUAUGAGUUAUGAUAUCAAAUUCUAUCUGCAACUUUACUAGGCAAUCCUCUUAAAAGCUCAAAAAGCCUUAGAGAUGGAUACGUAUGUACUUCGUACCCUGUAACUUGUCAGAUCUCAAUGCCAGAAAUCCAAGGCUGCCAGAUCUGAUUGAGUCAGACGGCCGUUGCCGAAACCCAUGCACGGUCUAUGAAGCUGCGGCACGUAAUGUACAUUAGGUAGGCAUCCACGGGAUUGUUUUAUUUACUUUUCAAGAUAUCGUAUGUCAUCACUUAUUCUAGACAAAAAUAUUAGUGAUAUUCAAUUUUAGACUUGGCAUUUUGAAAAUAAUUCAUUAAUUGUAAGUCCGGACUCCGACAAUGCCUGAAAUUGCCGAAGUUGCCCGCGUUGUUUACUACCUACGCCAAAAUCUAAUAGGGAAGACCAUAAAAAAGGUGUUGGCCCCAGAUGAUAAUAAUAUCUUCGGUAAAGUCGGUACGAGCGGCCCUGCGUUCGAGAAGGCUCUCACCGGGAAGAAGGUAGUAGAUGUCGGGAGUCAGGGGAAAUACUUCUGGAUGGUAUUCUCCGCGCCGCCGCACACCGUCCUGCACCUAGGAAUGACGGGCUGGGUCGAAAUUCGGGGCAAGCAGACCGGUUACUCACGCCAUGUCGAGAGGACGAAGGGAAAUGGAGAACAAUGGCCCCCUAAAUUUUGGAAAUUUCAUUUCGAAACUGAUGAUCCUAAAGUCGAGGUCGCCUAUAUCGACUCUAGGCGCUUCGGCCGCGUACGUCUAGUUGAUUGUCCCGGAGAGGAUAUUAGAAAGCAUUCGCCUCUGGUUGAGAACGGGCCGGAUCCCGUUGUCGAUAAGGACAUAUUUACCGAAAACUUCUUACGGCAGAAAAUGAGAAGUAGACAUGUCCCGGUCAAGGCCUUGCUACUAGACCAGGCGACAAUUAGCGGGAUUGGCAAUUGGGUCGGCGAUGAGGUCUUGUAUCAAGCCAAACUUCACCCGGAGCAAUACUGCGAUGACUUCGAUGACGCAGACAUCGGCGCCCUAUAUAAAGCCAUUCGAUACGUAUGUGAGACCGCGGUCGAAAAGUUAGGAGAUUCGGACCUGUUUCCCGAAGAUUGGCUAUUCAAGCACCGAUGGGGCAAAGGGAAGAAAGAUUCACCAACCACUCUCCCGAACGGCGACAAGAUUAUUCACAUCACUGUUGGCGGGCGAACAAGCUGCGUGGUUCCUAGCGUACAGAAGAAGAGAGGACGCACGACCAUUGACAACGCUAAGGGGGAGCCCACGCCGUCGGAAGAGGAAAAGGAAACAGAGAGCCGAUUCUUCAAGGGCAAGAACAAGAACAAGAAAGAGACCAAUAGUGAUGCAGAAGCGGAAGGACGAUCUAGCAAGAAGGCUAAAACUGCAAAGUCGAAACCCGUCAAGAAGGAAGAGGAGGAGGAGGAGGAUCCAAAACUUGCCAUCAAAGCAUCGCGCAAGUCCAAUAAGCCGAAGAAAGAGGAGAAGCCAGUCGAGCCUUCGCCAGAGCUUGGAAGGAGGCGGUCGAGUAGACUUAGCCGUGCCGCGGCGUAGCUUAGAAAGUUCAACCUUUCAUAACGCGGAAGCGUAAUCUCUAUGUAAUAAGGUCGUAUGACGUCUAGGCCAUACAUGUAUAGUUCAAAUUGACUGGCUUAUAUUCAUAAUGGGAACAUUUCUGGUACUCAAUACCAAAACACAGACAAUGGUAUAGCGAAGAAUUGGAAUGUAGCUGACACCUCACGUCCACUCUCCUGAGCUUAUAUUCGGAUGACGAGAGCGGGUCAGUUUGAAGCUAUCUAUAUGCUUCAUCCGAUUAAUUCAGUCCAGCUCACAGACAUUCUUACCUCAUGUAUGCUUAGUCUGGAGUCAUAUCAUUCUCUAACAAACCUCGUCCCGUAACUCAAC